AUGGUCAAGAUUCAUCCUGCUUUACCCCAACCCAUUAAGAAGACGGUCAAGGAGCUCCUUGGAAGCCUCAACUUCUACCGUCUUCACUUGCUAUGCUUCACUUUCAUUCCCCUCAUCUUCUCAGGCAUCUUAUACGCCGUUAACGGAGAGUAUAAGAUCCCCUAUGUCGACUGCCUGUUUCUGUGCUUCUCGUGCAUGUGUGUCACGGGUUUGGCUACAACCAAUUUGAGCCAGCUCACCACGUUUCAGCAGUUCCUCUUGUUCGCGCAGACCCUCAUGGGCAGCUUGGCAAGUUUCUUCUCGCUUAUCUUCGUUUCGUUGGUCAUGAUCUACGUGCGCAUGUACUUCUUCCGCCAGAAGUUUAAGCACGUCAUUGCUCAACAGGAAAAGGAGAAGCCAGGUUUCAGCCUCACAAAGACGUUGACGGUUGCGCCGAAUGCUCUUCGCCAGCGAUUCACCAAGGACCCUGGGCGCGAAGAGUUGGUCACGGGUUCGCCAACGGUCGCUCCAUCCAACGGCAGCGCCCACACUGCUCCAAAGAAGCCUCAUAAGGGCAAGGGCCCGAUUAACAAGGACAUGAUCAAGCGUGUUGAUGGCGGAGGCGUCGGUCUGGUAAACCCGAUGGGCUGGUACGACGGCACUCCUAUUGCAACUCCAAUGCCUACACCCUUGACCUCUGCUCACGGUACACCUCGUCGGUCUCUCUCUCCUGAUCACGGCGAGGCCCGGAAGAAUGACAGCCACAAGCUCAACACCUUUGUAAACCCUCCGAGUGAGAACGGGACCAGUGACGACAGCAAGAAGAGGAGCAUGGACGGCGACUCUGGUGAAGAUGAGCUACGCACCAGUCCAACGCUGUUGAGUCCUCUCGACAUGGCGGGCCCACUCGGCCGGAUCGUUACCAAUGACAGCGGGAGCGGAGCCGGUACCGCCCUUGCGCCACCAGCAACAGAGCCUACGCGACGACCAUACUCGGGGACGACUGCUGGUGAGGAGGCGUUUCCUCGCUCGAAGACCAUUGCUUUCGACGAGCCUGAUGAUGGCUUCGCGCACGAGCUCACCAUGGGCGAGAAUGGUCGUCCAAUGUACACCAUGCCGCGCACCACGACAAUGCCGUCGAGCAAUGCCAUUCCCUGGACUACCACCAUGGGAUCGAGUGCCUUUCCGCGCACGUACUCGCUUCGUCCACAGAGCACCAUGGCCGACGCGCGGUAUACAGGCUUCGGUGGAUUCCCUACCCCGAUUGAGUUACUUUCCAGGGGUUUCCGCAAGGCAUUUCCUCGCGCCGCCACCAAGUUGCACGAGACCGUAACCAUGCCUCGAACCAACACCAUCGCGGGACGUGACAGCAUUCACUCUGGCGACGAGCAGCAUGUGCCCUAUAUAUCGUUCUCCGCCGUCAUUGGCCGCAACUCCAAGUUCAAGGGGUUGACUGAAGAGCAGAUGGACGAGCUCGGUGGCGUGGAGUAUCGCGCAUUGAAGCUCCUGUUUUGGAUCGUCCUGUGUUACUGGAUUGCGCUUCCGCUCGCGGGUGCCACAAUCAUUGCGCCCUACAUCGCGGCGGGAGGUCGGUACAACUGGGUUUUUGAGGAUCAAUACAAGCACGUCCGAGUACCAUGGUUCUCCUUCUUCCAGGCCUACUCCGGCUUUGCCAACCUUGGCAUGAGUCUCGCAGAUCUGUCACUUCUCCAGUUCCAGGAGGCGUACCUAAUGAACUUUGUUGUGGCUAUGCUUAUCCUCUUCGGCAACACUUGCUACCCAAUUCUUCUCCGUUUCAUUAUCUGGGUUAUGUGGAAGACUGUACCGGCCGGGUCUUCCAUGCGUGAAUCGCUGAAAUUUCUCCUUGAUCACCCUCGUCGAUGCUUCGUUUACCUCUUCCCGUCGACCACCACUUGGUUCCUGGCCGUUGUCGUCCUCUUGCUCACCUGCAUCGAUUUCUUCACUUUCAUGGUCCUGGACAUUGGCACAAAGGCCGUCGAGGCCAUUCCCAUCGGAACCCGAGUCGCCGCCGGGCUAUUUCAGUCUGUCGCUGUGCGCGCGGCUGGCUUUGCGAUCGUGCCCAUGAACAACAUCGCCCCGGCAGUCAAAGUAAUGUUCGUCAUCAUGAUGUACAUCUCCGUCUACCCCAUCGCCAUGUCCGUUCGCUCCACCAACGUGUACGAAGAGCGCUCUCUGGGCCUUUUCGACGAAGACGAGGACGAGGAUGAACUCGAGGAGGCUGAGGAAGAGAUUGGCAAGCAAGUUGGAGCCAACGCCGUAGCCAAGUACCUUGGCUUCCACGCUCGUCGCCAGCUUGCGUUCGAUAUGUGGUGGAUUGUUGGCGCGCUGUUCCUCGUCUGUAUCAUCGAGCGGCCCAACCUCAACGACAAGGAAAAGUGGGAGUACAUGAACGUCUUCAACAUCAUCUUUGAGCUCGUCAGUGCGUACGGCACUGUCGGUCUGAGUUUGGGCGUCACCUACGACAACUUCUCUCUUGUGGGAGGAAUGCGGAAGCUCUCAAAGCUUGUCAUCAUCGUCGUCAUGCUGCGUGGCCGUCAUCGCGGUCUGCCAGUCGCUAUUGACCGUGCAGUCAUGCUCCCAAAGGAGCUUGAGCAGGCCGAGGAGGCCGCCAUCGGCGACCGGUUGCGACGCAUGCGCUCGCGUAUGUCGUUUUCGCAAGCCUCGGGCAUAUCUGGUAUGCCCGGUCUCCCCAGGACUUUUACAGACAUGACCAACACCACAAAUCGCCCGCAUCAGAACGCGUAUGACAGCGACACUGAAAAGGAUCAUGGCCCCGUUCGUCCUCGCGGCCGUACAAAUUCCCAGUCCAUGUCUCCCAAGUCGAGCGCACAGCCUUUGCGCCGUGACACAUCCCCGUCGAUCAUGCGCCCCACGCGCCGCGACUCGUCCCCAUCCAUGGCCCGCUUUGACGCAUCUGCCUCCGGUCCAAAGCGCGGCCACCAGCGCUCGCUCUCUUCGGGUGCAUCGUCGAUGGAGUCGCCUGUUGCGAACCCGGCCGCGUUGUCGCUUGCCCUCAGCAAACUCCAGGCCGAUCCCACGCCACCCAGCGCGAGCAAGCUCCCAAAUGUGCCGGGUCUCAGCACGCUCAUGGAGAGCGAGUUCAGCCGCCGCGGCACCGUGGCUGAGCCUGAGCAGAUGUCGCCUCGUGCGCAGUCCCCCCGCGGUGGGCCUGGGCACAAGCUAGAGCACGCCGGCUCUAGCUAG